UCCCUUUCUUCGACCCUUUAACCCUUCACAUUUUACUUCAUACUUUUCUGUAAUUCAACCUAAAAUUUUCAUUUUUGCAAUUUCAAGCUUCAAUUAUCCGCAAUAGAUACCCGAAUUCAAACCCCUUCUGUUCAUUCUUCUUCUUCAUUUGAUUGUAAACCCUACUCAAUCUGCUUAUUGGAGUAGGAUUUUUCAUGGCUUCCACUCCUUCCACGUGUUCUCCCAGCUCUCUCCAGCUUCGUCUCGCUCUCAAUUGCAAGAAUUGUGGCAAAUUCCCUUCAGUUCUUGUUCGGGCGAGACUCAGGAAAUUGGAUCCUCGACUCCGGGUAAUUUGUCACCCUAUUGUUUAUAAUGGCGCCAGAGUCGAGAGAGGAAAUGGACUGGGUUGCACAGGAGUUUGUUUUGCUGGAUCGGAGUCGACGGCUGAUGGAUUCUCUGGGUGGUCGGAAUCGGAUUCCCAGGAGGAUGUUUUGGACUUGUGGAGAAAGAAGUGGGUUGGAGGAUUUGUGGGGAUUGGAAUUACUGGAUUCAUCCUUCUCUCUGGAAUCACCUUUGCAGCAUGGUCCAUAAACAAGCAGAACAGUUCCAGACAAAAGCCGCAAAUGGAGGCCUUAAGUACGCAGCAAGAAUUAUUGUUGGUCUCUGAUACAGGAAAUGAUAAGCUUGGUGAAGAUGGAAAGGAAGAGAACAUUAUGAAUGCAGAUGAUGAAACUCGCACUGGUAAAACAGGUAACCAAGAGGACUCUUCUUCAUGUACAGAAAAUGAAGAAACUCUCAACAAAAACAGAGUUGGUGACAGUGUUGAUGUUGAUGAGUUAGCAGAAAAUGAUGUUGAAUCUUCAUCCAGCAAUAACGAUGUCAAUGAUGUUGUUUCCUUGCAAGAAGAUUUCCAAUCUGAUUCCUCAUUAACUGUUACAUCAGUUGCUCCUGGAAGUUUGAGUUCACUUAUCUCACCUGAAUCUGAGUUUGAUUCUAACAUAGCUUCUUGUUUUAAAGAUGUAAACAACGGUCAUUCUGGUGCAGAAGUCUCAACUUCUGAAUCUGAAAUGAAUAUAUUGAAAGAUGAACCAGACAACUUGCCUAACUCUAAUACUAAUUCAUUAAACCUUAAAACUGAUAUUGGGGAUGAAAGACCUGACACUGGUGAAAAUUAUGAUUUCAGCUCUAAGAAGUUACCAAUGUAUGAUGAUAGUUCAUCAAACUAUAAUUCUGGCAACCAGGAUAAGACACUUGGUCCUGUAAAUGAAAUUACAGAUUCUUCAUUGCAAGAAAUUUCUGAACAGUUCUUAUCCGAGUGUACUGCAUCAACCAUAGAACAGCGAAUAGAACGGGGAUUAUCUGAAGCAGCAUUAGUCUCUGUCACAGAUUAUCCAUCGGCAGAUGAUCAAGAGAAAAAUCAUGAAAGUGUCAUGAAUGGUACUGCUGCCAAACCGGAACUACAAGAGAUUUUAUUUUCUUCUGCAGGUGUUCCUGCUCCUGUGGUUUCUGCAGCUGUUAAAACACUUCCUGGCAAGGUCCUAGUUCCUGCAGUAGUGGAUCAGGUUCAGGGGCAGGCACUGGCAGCACUGCAAGUUUUAAAGGUGAUUGAGGCUGAUGUCGGGCCUAGUGAUCUAUGUACUCGUCGGGAAUAUGCUCGUUGGCUGGUGUCUGCAAGCAGUGCUCUUUCAAGGAACACAACGUCUAAAGUAUACCCAGCAAUGUAUAUAGAGAAUGUUACCGAGCUUGCUUUUGAUGAUAUUACACCCCAAGACCCUGAUUUUGCAUCUAUUCAAGGUUUAGCAGAAGCUGGACUGAUUUCAAGCAAGCUUUCAAGACAUGAUAUAUCUUCUUCAUUGGACGAAGAUCAGGGUCCUUUACUUUUCUCUCCCGAAAGCCACCUAUCACGUCAGGAUCUUGUGAGUUGGAAGAUGGCCCUUGAAAAAAGGCAGCUGCCAGUGGCAGAUAGAAAGAUGCUCCACCAAGUUUCUGGAUUUAUUGAUGCUGAUAAGAUCCAUCCAGAUGCUUGUCCUGCACUUGUUGCUGAUCUUUCUGUAGGAGAACAGGGAAUAGUAGCUCUUGCAUUUGGAUAUACAAGGCUUUUCCAGCCAGAUAAGCCUGUAACAAAAGCACAAGCUGCCAUUGCUCUUGCAACUGGGGAGGCUUCUGAUAUAGUAAGUGAGGAGCUUGCAAGGAUUGAAGCUGAAUCGAUGGCAGAAAAUGCUGUUGCUACGCAUAGUGCUUUGGUAGCUCAAGUUGAGAAAGAUAUUAAUGCUAGCUUUGAGAAAGAACUUUCCAUUGAAAGGGAAAAGGUUGACGCUGUGGAGAAAAUGGCAGAAGAGGCAAAGCAAGAACUGGAAAGAUUAAGAUCCGACAGAGAGAGAGAUAGUAUCACCUUGAUCAGGGAACGCGCUUCUAUUGAAUCGGAAAUGGAAAUUCUUUCCAGGUUAAGGAGUGAGUUGGAGGAGCAGUUGCGAGGCCUGAUGAGUAACAAAGUGGAGAUAUCCUUUGAAAAGGAAAGAAUCAACAAACUCAGGAAAGAAGCUGAAAUUGAAAAUCAGGAGAUUUCCCGUCUGCAGUAUGAGCUUGAAGUUGAGAGAAAGGCCUUGUCCAUGGCCAGAGCUUGGGCCGAGGACGAAGCAAAAAGAGCAAGAGAACAGGCAAAAGCACUCGAAGAGGCUAGAGAUCGCUGGGAAAAGCGUGGCAUCAAAGUUGUCGUCGACAGUGAUCUCCGUGAACAAGAAUCUGCUGUCGAUACCUGGCUUGAUUCUAGCAAACAAUUUGCAGUUGAAGAAACCACGGACAGGGCCGAGAACUUAAUGGAGAAGCUGAAAAGAAUGGCUACAGAAGUAAGAGGGAAAUCGAGAGACGUUAUCGAGAAGAUCAUCCAGAAGAUAGCUUUACUAGUAUCAAACUUGAGACAAUGGAUUUCGAAAACCGGAGAACAGGCUGAAGAUCUAAAGAAUGUGGCAAUUUCAAGGGCAAAUAGAUCAGCAAGAGAGCUGCAACAAAGCACUGCAGAGUUGAGCUUGGCACUGAAGGAAGGAGCAAAGCGAGUUGUGGGAGAUUGUAGGGAAGGAGUAGAGAAAAUUACCCAAAAGUUCAAAACAUCUUAUGGUUAAGACAGAAACUAUCGAUUUAGCAGUUGAGUGGAUGUACUGAGAUUUUGAAGAGCACAAUAAAGUUGGCUAUCGACUUUUUAAAAUUUUGUUAAGCCACGUUUUAUAAUGGAAAACUUCAAUCCAUUUCUACCCACUAAAUAAAAGACAGAGAAUCGGUUCGAUCUUGUUCA